AUUCCAAAUUGACAACCGAUAGGCCAUAAUAGGAUUUAUUUUAUACUACUGAAAUAGUAGUACCUAUUAUUUUAUGACUUAUCAGAAUAAUACAGAAUAUGUGACUAUUUAAUAUAAUUCUUUUCUGCUAACGCUGUAAAAGCCAUAGGGAUAACAGCAUUUGUGAAUUUAACAAAAUAUACAUCCAGUGUAAACAUUAUACUACGUGCUGCCAGUGUACUGCUGCCAUGGCUAAUGUAGUGGAGGUGCUUAUUCACGCCUCAGAAAAAGCUGCUUCCAUAGCAAGAUCUUGCACUACAUCUGGAUCAGAGACGCUUCUUGUGACUGAAAAAUCUGAAACAGAAGCAAAUAAACGCUUCGAUAAAGAUUACAAAACCAUUGCUGAUGUUCUGGCUCAGGAAACAGCAAAAGCUCUUAUCACUGCUCACUUCCCUCAAUUAGUUGAUCAUGUGAGAGGUGAAGAGUGUACGGAAAUAAAUGGCGUUAAGAUCAGUCUGCAAAAUAAUGUAAAGAAGACGGCUGAACUGCUUAGUGCCAUAUUACCGCAGGCUAUAGCUCUUAAUAUGGCUGAAGCUGCCCAUAAAGAUGUCAGUCAGAACUUGCCUCAAUUGCCAUCAAAUCUUCCAGUUAUAGAUCCUGCGGAGGUAGGGAUUUGGAUUGAUCCUAUAGAUGGUACUGCUGAGUUUAUUGCUGGUAUUCAGGGUGAAGCCAAACCUGGACAUGGGUUACCUUGUGUCACAGUUUUGAUUGGAGCUUACUUACGGUCUUCUGGCAAACCAAUUCUGGGAGUUAUUAACCAGCCGUUCUACGACAAGGGUAAAGGCCGUAUAAUAUGGGGACUCAAUUAUGCGGACAAAUGUAAAUGGUCUCAUGAAAGUAAUGUCAGUACAAACAAAGUAAUUCUGAUGAGUAGUGCUGAAAAACCAGAAAUUGUUGAGAAAUUUAAAAGUCUUGGAUGGGAAGUGAAAUCUGUUCCUGGCGCAGGUCAUAAGCUCUUAAAAGUAGCUACAGGUGAAGCUUCAGCGUACAUAGUUUCUCAGGGGACUACUUUUCUUUGGGAUACAUGCGCCCCUCAUGCCAUAUUACUAGCUAAAGGUGGAAAUGUAUUGAACUACAGCGACUAUACGCCACUGACAUACAACAAUCAAAAGGAUCUCAAUGCAUAUGAAUAUUGUAACAAAGACGGAAUUAUAGCUUACGAUAAUAACUCCGUUUUGGAAGAAAUCAAAACUAUACUAAAUUCACUCUAAUAUUUUAAAUUUUUCAUAUAUUUCUUCUAAGUGUCAACUGUAGCAUGCCUCAUUGUAUUCCCAGUGGAAAUAACCAUUGACAUUUUUAUAAAAUUUAUAUAAGGAUAAAAAAUAUUGCAGUAUUGUAAUGUUAAGAUAAUGUGACGUGUAUUUAAUUAAAUUUAUGAGAAUAUAUAAAGUAUUUUAGAUUUAAUUUUUAAUGCAUUUCAAAUUGCAUAGAUUUAUAUCUAAACAUGAUCUCAUUUAUAUUAAUGACUUUAUAUUUAAUUUAUUGUAGUGUUUCUUGAAGAUGUCUGUGUUGUUGAAAAUAAAUAAUAAAAUGUUUAUUAUCUA